AGUUUUAUGUCACUCCAUUAUUUGGUAUAUAUGUCAGUCAUAAGUUCUCCAUAAACUUUUGGCUUUUUCUCAAAAUCCUUCGUGAAAAUUGCUUAAUCAUGUACAUAAACAUUAUAAAGCUGCCCCACCACUUGCUUACAAAAAAAUGCCAACGAAUCCUAUCAGUAAGAUCGUACACUAAAGAUGUCCCCAAUAAGGGCUCAAAAGGAACUAACCGGGCUCAUAAUUCAACGAAAACCCUUAAUAAGCUGAACAUUUUAGGAGCGGUGGGAAUCACUUCCGCUCUUAUAGCUUCUUAUUUGAUAGUAAAAAGACCGUUUAAGGAUGAAAAUGGUGAUAUGGUAAAGGUCGGGCCUCAAAACGCAUCUCUGCUUCUUGCGAAACCUACUAACAUUGGGGAAGGCAAUCCGAAAGAAGAACAUUUAAGGGAACAAUACAACUUCAUUAAGAAAGUGGUAAACGAAUGUGCAAAUGCGGUCUUCUACUUAGAACUGAGAGACCCCAAUUUAAAAGAUCUGGAAACUGGUCAGUCUAUUGUUAUCUCCAACGGGUCUGGAUUUAUUAUCAGUGAGGAUGGAUGGGCGCUUACGAAUGCGCAUGUAGUCUUAAAUAAGCCACAAAGUACCAUCACUGCUAUUAUGAGAGAUGGGAGAAGUUACAACGUUAAAGUUGAAGAUGCUGAUAUGAAUAUUGAUCUAGCGCUACUUAAACUAGAAGCCAAUGAAAAAUUACAUAGUUUGCAGUUUAGUGAACCUGGUGAUACCGCUGUUGGUGAAUGGGUGGUAGCCCUGGGAAGUCCACUAUCGCUCAGCAACUCUGUUACUGUAGGGAUUGUAAGCAGCGUAGAUCGACCGGCAGAAGAACUGGGACUCAAAAAUUACUCAAUGUCCUAUAUCCAAACCGAUGCAAGUAUUACAUUCGGCAACUCUGGAGGACCGUUGGUAAAUCUGGACGGUAAUGUCAUUGGAAUAAAUAAUUUGAGACUUACUUCUGGCAUUUCUUUCGCUAUACCUGUUGAAUAUGCCAAAAAAUUUCUGGAGAGUUCAAAAUUUCGUACUAAAAACUCACCGAGUACUAAAGUUGGAAAAUCUCUAUUUGGACUAACGACCAUCUCGAUCACUCCAGAAGUUUUAGUGGAUCUGGAUAAGGAAUCCUCGAAUUUGCCUAAAGAUAUGACACAUGGAUUGCUAGUUUGGAAAAUCAUACCUGGAACACCAGCACAUAAAAGUGGCUUAGAGGUCGGAGAUAUAAUAACUCGUGUAAAUGGAAUUCCAAUACAAAAACCUGUGGAAUUGUAUAAUUUUAGCUCAUCCAGAAGUGCACUAGUCAUUGAAAUAAUUAAGAAAGGAAAAAAGAAAAAUAUUGUAUUAAAUGUGGAAUAAAUAAAUAUAUAUUUUGUUAACAAUAUUCUUUUUGGAAAGCUUUUUAAAAGCUUCUUGAAAAUUUUAAAAUAUAGGUUGUUUAUAUUUUA